CAAGUACCUGUCGUCGACCUUGGUCUGAGAUCUCCACUUGAAUCAACAACGUGGAAAUCAUCAUAUGCUUCUUGCCUAAAAAGCCUUGGAGACGAGCUUCUUGAAAAGGCCAAAAUUUAAUCAACGCGGGUUUGAUAACAAACAAACAACUCCGCAGCUACCUCAUAUUACCCACCUUUACCAUGAAUAGCAGAUCCCACCCCUUGCUGGAGCAGGUACCCCUCACCGUGUCCCCGUUUAUCAAACUUCCCCAGGCUACAACGCUCCCAUACACUUACCGCGCCAUGCCCUCAUCGCUACCGCCCUCAUCCACCGGCGGCAACCAGAGCACCGACGACCACCAGCAACAACCCGAUAAGCCGCGGUAUGUCGUCUCGGGGACGGGCCACGCCGCGCACCCGGACGACAUCAUCGCGUCGUGCCGCGCGCUGCAGGCCCACGUAGCCAAACUGCAGUCGGACGCCGAGGCGGAGCUGCGGGCGCUGGAGGAGCGGAUCCGGGAGCGCGAGCUGGCCGAGAAGAGGCGCGUCGCGCCCGGCUGGCUCGACAGCGAAGCCAGAAUCCUCGAGCCCGAGCGUAGGCUUGCCGACGGGAUGGAAGGGUUGAGCUUGCGUCCUGGGCCGGGGCCCGGGCAGGAGGGCGGGCCGAGUGAGAUGGCGGCGCCAGAUCACGAUGAUCCCGGGGCUGAGCUUGAUCGGGUUUUUGGAGGCAAGUGAUUGAGGAAUCCCUGUGAUAUUACUUUUGGCCGUCGUGGGGGUUUUUCUUCGCACGAACUGAAAGCUGCGAAAUCUCGCCUUGCCUUUUAUGCUAGGGCUGGUCGCGGCUCGAAAGUGAUGACAUUGCACAAGAUGGAUUUGGCAACUAGCCCGGACCUCUUCAGCUCUUCGUGACAGUUGCAUUUGGGUUCCGCCUGACGCUGGCUGUCUCUUCCCCACAACUAUGGCCUCCAAAUCAGAGUUAGUGGCUACCACAUUUUCGACUGGCACAGCUGUCCGGAGAACCGCCUCGAACAAGUUCCGUGAUCAAAAUCGAGAGGAGCUAUCACUGAUAAGAUUAUCUGCUAUUUCGGUAGAACAUGGUUUCAGCAGAUCGCGAGCGAGAGUGUUAGAUGACUUGGACGAUGGACGUCGCUUCAGGGACAAAAUCUGGCGGUAUCUCUUUGAAUCUGCAGAGAAGAGCCAGACAGAAGACAGAAAAUUAUGUUCUGUCGGGGGAUUGCACGAUAGUGGGCGGUGUGGUUUGGAAUGUCUUUUUACAAGUCUACCUACUCAGCUAAAGCCAAUUUAUGAAGCCAACAGAUGGCGGUGGUGGAAUGCUUGCGGCUCUUUUCAACUGCCGUCACAUGAGACAGGUGUCAGAGUUCUGCACUAGCAAAGGCCCUUUUAAAAAGGGGGGAAAUGGGUGGCUUUCUGUAAUGUACACUAAGUCAAUUUUAGCAGCGUUCUAGAUGUAC